UUUUUCGGUAUUCCACUCGUCCCCCAAUUUUAUUUCAAUGUUUUUGUUGAAAAAUCUGAUUCUUCUGUAUAAUGUAGGGAAACUAUUUACAGAUUCCAUAAAUACUCAGUGAUUAGAUAUUAUGUAUCACACGAUUUGAAAUAGGUGGAUACAUAAAUUAAUUAGACAUUUCGCACUGAACGAAUAAGAUGAAAAAAAACAUGUAUAUAAUCCAAAAUAAUAUAAUAAUACCUAAAUACAAUACCAUAAAUGGACGUCUUGAGCGCGCCGCGCGUUCUCGCAGUCAGCCGCAUGAGCGAGCCUUCAUGCAUCGCGCACGACAAUAGCCUCUUGUCUCUCCUGCGAUCGCCAAAACGCAAACUGGGAUUUAAAAAAUAAAACACACGGGGAAUCAGAUCUUCUCCCUGCACAGAUGUUGGGAAUAAACCAGCUGGUUGCCACAUGCUGGACUUGCCUUCUGCUCUCUGCUUUCCUGUGUGAGCCCACGCUGGCCAAGGGCGGUCGUGGAGGUUCCCGGGGCUCCUCUCGAGGCUCCCACUCGCGCAGCCCCACGGGGGGGAGUUACCGAGGAGGAGGUGCCUAUGGUGGAACGCGCUCUCGCUUCAGGUCAGCGGGGCGAUCAUCCCCGGUGAAGGUGGCAAGUGCUGCAGCAGCAGGGGCAGCGGUGGCGUUAACUGCGGAUAAAUGGUACGCGUCUGCCUACCGCCGCAGCAAUGCCGACAGCCCAGAGGACGGACUGGAUUAUUACAACAGGACCAAUUACUUUGAUGCACUGAUGUCGGGUUCAGCCCAUAUGGGAUGUUCUCGGUCUCAGCUGGUUGCCAUCAUCUUUGCAACAUUUUCACCCAUAUAUGAGCUCUUCUUGGACUGUACACUGUAGAUGUUCAGGUGAUUUCUUUCUUUUAAAUUAUUUAUGAUACAUUUCUGAUUCAGUUUAGGCCUGAGCUUCUCUGGAUCUGACUAUGAUGUGCAGCAGGACUGACUGGAAU